AUGGAGAUGGUCCUCAUCUUCACCUUCUGCCUGAUUCUAGCUGGUACUGAUGCUGUAACUACAGUAACUGGAUACAGAGGACGAUCAGUUCAGAUUAAAUGUAACUACACAUCUGGAUAUAAAAAGAACAACAAGUAUCUCUGCAGAGGUGAAUGUUCCACUUUUUCCAGCUGGGACCUUAAAGACGUUCCUGUUCAGUCUGGAUCUCCUGAUAAAGACUCCAGAUUCUCUCUGUAUGACGACACAACAGCCAAAGUCUUCACCGUCAACAUCACUGAUCUGAGACCAGAGGAUGAAGGAAUUUACUGGUGUGGGAUAGAUCAGAUAGGACCUGAUAAAUACACAGAGAUUCUACUGCUGGUUAAACCAGAAGUUCCUGCUAUGACUACUGUCUCACACACCACACACUCCACUUCAACACACUCCCUGAGUACAUCAGUACAUGCUGAGAGAACACACUCAUCAUUAGGUUAA